GAAGCUAGAAACAGCAUCUAAUUGAUUAAUCUAUUUAGGUGGCACUCUGUUUCUUGUUAAAAAAUAAUUAACCAAAGAGACAUAUCUAUAAGAGAGGACUAAAAAUGAAGGUUUAAGCCUCUUUGGCCUUCGUUCUUGUUGAGAGCUAGUUCCUUUUUUCCCAGUCAUGUUUCCUUGUUUUCCAGCUUAAACGCUAUAUAUACCCUACAAAACCUUUCGUAAUUCCCUUUCUGAUCCCUGUCUCUUAAUUUCUGUCUAUAUUGACCUAUAGCUACAACCCUGCAUUAACCAUGAUAACCGGCAAGGACAUUUAUGAUGUUUUUGCGGCUAUUGUGCCUCUCUACGUGGCUAUGAUAUUAGCAUAUGGUUCAGUUCGGUGGUGGAAAAUUUUCACACCUGAUCAAUGUUCUGGAAUAAACCGCUUUGUUGCUGUCUUCGCUGUUCCAUUGCUUUCUUUCCACUUCAUAUCCUCCAAUGAUCCUUAUGCUAUGAACUACCACUUCAUAGCAGCUGAUUCUCUUCAAAAGGUUGUCAUUCUUGGUGCUCUCUUUCUAUGGAACACCUUUACAAAUCAUGGAAGCCUUGACUGGACCAUCACCCUCUUCUCACUUUCCACUCUCCCAAACACACUUGUCAUGGGGAUCCCUUUAUUGAAGGCGAUGUAUGGAGACUUCUCAGGGAGCCUCAUGGUCCAAAUUGUGGUGUUGCAAAGUGUCAUUUGGUACACUCUCAUGCUCUUCAUGUUUGAGUAUAGAGGUGCCAAGCUCCUCAUCACAGAACAGUUCCCUGAGACUGCAGGCUCCAUCACCUCCUUCAGGGUUGACUCAGAUGUUGUCUCACUCAAUGGUAGAGAGCCACUUCAAACCGAUGCUGAGAUAGGAGAAGAUGGAAAACUCCACGUGGUGGUUAAGAGAUCAGCAGCUUCUUCCAUGAUAUCUUCCUUCAACAAGUCUCACUUAACUUCCAUGACUCCUAGAGCAUCCAAUCUCACUGGGGUUGAGAUCUAUUCUGUUCAGUCAUCAAGGGAACCGACCCCAAGAGCUUCAAGUUUCAACCAAACGGAUUUCUAUGCCAUGUUUGCAAGCAAGGCACCGAGUCCAAAACAUGGAUACACAAAUAGUUUCCAGAGUAAUAGUGGUAUCGGUGAUGUUUACUCUUUGCAAUCUUCAAAAGGGGCAACACCAAGGACUUCUAAUUUUGAAGAGGAGAUGUUGAAGAUGCACAAGAAGAGAGGAGGGAGGAGCAUGAGUGGAGAGUUGUUUAAUGGGGGUAUGGUUUCUUCCUACCCUCCUCCGAAUCCAAUGUUUUCAGGGUCUACCAGUGCUGGUGGCACCAAAAAGAAAGAUAGCACUAGUGUUGGUGCUGCUCCAAAUAAGGAGUUACACAUGUUUGUUUGGAGUUCAAGUGCAUCACCAGUUUCUGAGGGGAAUUUGAGGCAUGCAGUUAAUAGAGCUGCUUCUACCGACUUUGCAACAGUCGAUCCUUCUAAGGCUGUUCCACAUGAAACUGUUGCCUCAAAAGCUGUUCAUGAAUUGAUUGAGAACAUGAGUCCUGGUCGUAGAGAGAGGGAGCCUGAAAUGGAGGAAGGAGGCAAAUUUCCCACUAGUGGAUCUCCAUACACGUGCCAGAAGAAGGUGGACAUGGAAGAUGGCAAUGUAAACAAAAACCAACAGAUGCCACCCGCAAGUGUCAUGACAAGGCUCAUCCUCAUCAUGGUUUGGAGGAAACUCAUUAGAAAUCCUAAUACCUACUCAAGUCUUUUGGGACUCACAUGGUCUCUCAUUUCAUAUAGGUGGCACAUUGAAAUGCCAACUAUUGUAAAAGGUUCCAUCUCAAUACUCUCUGAUGCUGGUCUCGGAAUGGCCAUGUUCAGUCUAGGUCUGUUUAUGGCAUUACAACCCAAGAUCAUUGCCUGUGGAAAGUCUGUGGCAGCAUUUUCUAUGGCUGUUAGGUUCUUGACAGGUCCAGCUGUGAUUGCUGCAACCUCCAUAGGCAUCGGAAUCCGUGGAGUUCUUUUGCAUGUUGCAAUUGUCCAGGCAGCUCUUCCCCAAGGCAUAGUUCCCUUUGUUUUUGCUAAAGAGUACAAUCUCCAUGCAGAUAUUCUAAGUACUGCAGUUAUAUUUGGAAUGCUGAUUGCAUUGCCCAUAACAAUACUCUACUACGUGCUGCUUGGAGUCUAGUCUAUCUUGGGAGGCAAAAGCAUGAUGCUGCAACUGUACGUACUACGUAAAUCCAAAGUCACGCUCAAGCGGGGUGGAUAUCGAUGCAGGGUAGAAGAUAUUGGAUUUUAGAUUUUAGAGAAGGAAUAUAUAGUAUAUAGUAGAAUGCUAUAUAUAUAUUAAUUAUUUAUGAUUCUUAUGAAAGUUUGGGUUUAAAUAUUUGUUCCAAAUUUGUAGCCCACUUUGUAUUCUAUCCUUUUGUUAAUGGAAAAAUAUUUCAGUUAGGUAGGAAAGCAUGAGAUUACAACCUAUGAGGCACGAGAGAGGCUGUGAGGUCAAAUUUUUAUGUUAUCUUUGGUAACAUCAGUGUAUCAAGUUACUCUUUUUUGA